AUGCGGAGAACACUGGGAGAAACUAAGCGGCAACAAGGCCACCAUCGUCAAGAACACGGCUCAGCUCUCCAAGAUCCCACAUUAUAUCAGUCAUCCACUCAGUCAGCCACUCAGCUAGCCACUCAGUCUGAUACUCUCCCUACAAGAGGAGGAGCAAGAGGAGGAACUACAACAGGCAAAUGCGGAGAACACUGCGGAGAAACCAAGCGGCAACAAGGCCACCAUCGUCAAGAACACGGCUCAGCUCUCCAAGAUCCCACGUCAUAUCAGUCAUCCACUCAGUCAGCCACUCAGCUAGCCACUCAGUCUGAUACUCUACAAGAGGAGGAGCAAGAGGAGGAACUACAACAGGCAAAUGCGGAGAACACUGCGGAGAAACCAAGCGGCAACAAGGCCACCAUCGUCAAGACAGCUCUCCAAGGUCCCACGUCAUAUGCUCUCCACGGUUCCACAUCAAAUCAUCACUCGGAACGAUGCAUAUUUGGACGAAUUGAAACCGCCCGAUGUCUACAGCUAUUUCAUUAUUCGAAAAAUUUCACUGCGGCAGGAGAUAUUGUGGGAUUCACACCACUAAUUGGCACGUUGUCUCCAUUUCUUUCCGGUAUUUCGAUAAAAUAA